AUGGACUUUCAAAAAUUAUAUGGCUUUUACAACACACUCAAAAGUAGAUUGGAGGUGCCAGAGAGAGAGAAGCUGGAGAGAGAUAAGUUGGAUAAAGAGAAGCUAGAUAGGCAACAAACCAAAACAGUGGAAGAGAGGCAGCAACCUCAACAAGUGUUAGAGAAGUUGCAACAGUCUGAAAAAGUGGCACAAAGGCAACAACCUGAAAAAGUGGCAGAAAGGCAACAACCUGAAAAAAUAGCAGAGAGUCAACAACCCAGUGAUAAAGGUUCUUGUAACCCUGAAUCACUUGACAACAUUCCUGAGGGUCUCUUUCCUGUUAAUAUAUAUUUAUCAUCCCCGGGUCGUUGUUUGGUUGCUCGUGGUAAACUAUAUAACACCAAAGGUAACACGGUGCACGACAUGACGUUACCACCUGGGUAUGUUAAGGUUAAUAUUGAAGUUGCUAUUGUGCCAAAUGCUUCAUUGCCUAUAUCUGUUGAUGGUGGACAUGUAUCUCUGGUUGGUCAUGCAAUAGCAACAAUUGUGCCAUGGCCAAUGAAACUUCUUGAAUUUGCUGCUGAAUGUGAAAAGAUUCCUGGUCAAUCCCAAAUCAAAGGUAAGAAUAUUCAACGCAGUGUUGAAUAUUCAGUUUCAUCACCUAAAAAAAGCAACAAAAGGUUCAAAAUUGAAGAGUCUCCUAGAGUUGGCGGUUCAACUGGUCUUGCAAAUUUACCAUUCCUUGAUAUGUAUGUGAAAAAGAUGAUGAGGGUUGGAUCGUUAAUUGAAAUAAAAAUGGAGGAAAGUAUAUUUGGUGAAGAGUUUUUAGAGAAGCUACAUGUAGAGAGUAUAAAAGAGAUUCUUGAUCAUAAUAGGUUAAGUGCAUCUAUUAUCACUGUAUUUGUAUGA